AGCAGGAAAUAAUUAUUCCAUCAGACUUACCACUGGUGCAGGAGCUGGGGGCUACGCUGAGAGAAUGGGCACAGAUAUGGCACAAGCUCUUUGUGGCGAACAAAGCUACCCUGUUCCGGACUGUUCAGAAGAUGGCUUACAGUCUCAUUGAAUAUCGAUCACAGAUUGUGUCAGGAACACUACCCAAGGAUGACCUUGUAGAACUCAAAAAGAAAGUCACUGCCAAGAUAGAUUACGGAAACCGGAUCCUGGGCUUGGACUUGGUUGUGCGAGAUGAAGCAGGAAACACAUUGGAUCCUGACUGCACAAGCACGGUCAGUCUGUUUCGAGCCCAUGAGACUGCAUCCCGCAGUGUUGAUGACAGAAUACAAGAGGAGAAGACACGACUACAAAAUCUUGAGAUGAGGCGCCAAGCAUUGUUUAAUACUGUGCACACCUACAGUCUACUCAUGAACCUGAAAAACUUUGUAUGCAACAUUGGAGAAGAUGCUGAGCUGCUCAUGUCUCUUUAUGACCCAGAUCAGUCAGAAUUCAUCAGUGAGAACUUCCUGGUGCGGUGGGACAGUACGGGGAUGCCUAAAGAAAUCGAAAAACUCAACAACCUGCCAGCACUCUUUACGGACCUUAGCAGAAGUGACCUGAUGAGGCAGCGUCUCUUCCUGGUGUGUCAGAUCAUCAGAGUAGGGAGCAUGGAGCUGAAGGAGGGAAAGAAACAAACGGGCGGGCUGAGGAGACCCUUUGGUGUGGCUGUGAUGGACAUAACAGAUAUCGCUCAUGGCAAAACAGACGACGAGGACAAACAACAUUUCAUCCCUUUUCAGCAGAUAGCAAUGGAGACCUACAUCCGUCAGAGGCAGCUCAUCAUGUCGCCCCUCAUCCCGUCUCGAGUCAUAGGAGAGAAUGAGCCACUUACUGCGGUUUUCAACAAAGUCAUUGCCACGAGGGAGGUCAACCACAAGGGCCAGGGAUUGUUUGUGACCCUGAAACUGCUCCAUGGGGAUCUUGCUCAGGUCAGAAAGGACUACCCUCACUUUGUGGACCGCAGCACAGCUAUAGUCAGGAAAAUGGGCUUUCCAGAAAUCAUCCUCCCAGGAAACGUGAGGAACGACAUUUACGUAACUUUGCUGCAGGGGGAGUUUGACCGCGGUAAAAAGAAGACGCCCAAGAACGUAGAAGUCAUGUUGAGUGUGCACGACGAUGAAGGCAAUGCCAUGGAGAGCGCAAUAUUUCCUGGCGCUGGUUACGAUGGAAUCACAGAGUACAAGUCCGUCAUUUACUACCAAGUCAAGCAGCCUUGUUGGAAUGAGACUGUGAAGGUGACAAUUCCCAUCGAAGACGUGUGCCGCUGUCACCUGAGGGUGAUGUUUCGACAUAGAUCAUCUCAGGACUCGAGGGACAAAUCAGAAAAACCCUUUGGUAUGGCUUUUGUCCGUCUUAUGAGAGGAGACGGGACGACGCUGAGGGAUGGAAGGCAUGAACCUAUCGUCUACAAGGUGGAUGUGAAAAAGACAGAAGAUGCAAAAGUAUAUCUGACCUUGCCAGGGACCUGGGCUGAAGUAGAAGAAAAGGAGAAGCAAACGGGGAAGCAGUUCCACCAUUCUGGAGUGAUCACCGUCACCAAGGACAGCUUCCAGAUUGCCACGCUUACCUGCUCUACUAAACUCACCCAGAAUGUGGACCUACUUGGCCUGUUGAACUGGAGAUCUAACCCCAAAGAUCUUGAGCAGACCUUACAGAGGCUGAUGGAGGUCGAAGGGGGGGAGAUAGUCAAAUUUCUUCAGGACACCCUUGAUGCUCUGUUCAACAUCAUGAUGGACACCUCAGAAAAAGAUACCUAUGACACUCUGGUGUUCAACGCUUUGGUUUUCAUAAUCACACUUAUUGGCGACAUCAAGUUCCAGCACUUUAACCCUGUCCUUGAAACCUACAUCAACAAGCAUUUCAGUGCUACUUUGGCGUACAUGAAACUAACUAGAGUGCUCAACUACUAUGUGGGUCAUGCAGAGGAGGCUGCCUUGACUGAGAAUCUCUAUGCAGCACUAAAGGCUCUUAAGUAUUUGUUCAGGUUUAUUGUCCAGUCUCGCAUCCUCUACCUAAGGUUCUAUGGCAACAGUGAAGACGGCGACGCCUUCUUCAACUCAAUUCGCUCUCUUUUCCUGUCAUUCAACGCUCUCAUGGACAGACCACUGGAUGAGGGAGUGAAAAUAAAGGGGGCAAUAUUGAAAUACCUCCCCAGCAUUAUUAAUGACAUCCAAUCUGUGUUUGAUCCUGUGGAACUAAGCAUUCUGCUUUCAAAGUUUAUCGAGAGCAUUCCUGACUCUCAGCUGGUGCGUCAGAAGCUGGGCUGCAUGUGCAAAAUAGUGGAGAGUGACCUUUUCAUGCAGCCAGAUUGUCGAGAUGUGCUGCUGCCACUCGUCGCUGACCAGCUGAGCGGGCAGCUGGAUGACCACUCCUGUAAGCCCGACUACGAGGCCUGUGUCCAACUGCUUAGCACCGUCUUGGACAUUUUGGAUCGCAAGGAUGUGGGUCCAACCAGGGGGCACGUUCAGCUGAUCAUGGAGCGGCUUCUUCGCAGGGUUAAUCGCAGUGUCAUCAGCAUGGACAAGUCCUCCCUCCUCAUUGGUCACUAUUUAGCCUGCAUGACAGCUAUCCUGAAGCAGAUGGAUGACAUGCAUUAUGCACACUAUAUCGGCACCUUUAAAACCAGGCAGGACAUCAUGGACUUCCUCAUGGAGACAUUCAUCAUGUUCAAGGACCUCAUGGGGAAAGUCUUUCCUGCUGACUGGAUGAUCAUGAACCUGGUCCAGAUGCAGGUCUUUCUGAGGGCCAUCAGCCAGUACUCUGAUGUCCUCAACAUGUAUUUUUUGGACCAGGCCCAUUUUCAACUACAGCUUUGGAAUAAUUACUUUCAUCUGACGGUGGCAUUCCUCACUCAUAAGACACUUCAACUGGAAUCUUUCUCCCAAGAGAAACGCAACAAGAUCUUGAACAAAUAUGGCGAUAUGAGGAAAGCAGUGGGUUUCAAGAUCAGAGACAUGUGGCACAAUCUUGGCCCCCAUAAAAUGAAGUUCAUCCCAGCCAUGGUCGGACCCAUUUUGGAGGUCACUCUUGUGCCUGAGCCAGAGCUGAGGAAGGCCACCAUUCCCAUUUUCUUCGAUAUGAUGCAGUGUGAGCACAAUUUCAGCCCUGGGCGCACAUUUGAAACGUUUGAAAACGAACUCAUAACAAAACUGGAUCAAGAGGUUGAAGGAGGACGAGGAGACGAACAGUACAAAGUCCUGCUGGAAAAGACGUUACUGGAGCACUGCAGACGCCACAGAUAUCUGUCACAGUCAGGUGAGGAGCUGGCGCUGCUGCUGAGCAGCCUGCUGGAAAAUCUUUUGGCAUACCGCACCAUCACACAUGAUGAAAGUCCUGAGCAUCGAAUGAGCUGUACUGUCAAUGUGCUGAACUUCUACAAGGAAAAGAAGAGGGAGGACAUUUAUAUCCGAUACCUGUACAAGCUGCGGGAUUUACACCUGGACUGUGAGAACUACACAGAGGCUGCCUACACUCUGCUGCUACAUGCUGAGUUACUGGAGUGGUCUGAUAAAGCCUGUGCAGCUCACCUGAUCCCUCGAGACGGAAAGCAUGUGUGGACGCAACAGGAACUGAAAGAACGGCUCUUCCAGGAGAUCAUAUGUUACCUGGACAAAGGCAAGAUGUGGGAGAAGGCCAUUGAGCUCGGCAAGCAGCUGGCCAAGAUGCACGAGAGCCACAUGUUUGACUUCAUGGAGCUCAGCCAGCUGCUGAAAAAACAAGCAGAGUUCUAUGAAAAAAUAAUGCAUGCCAUGCGACCACAACCAGAAUACUUUGCAGUGGGCUACUAUGGUCUUGGAUUUCCUUCUUUCCUCAGGAACAAGAUGUUUAUAUACAGAGGCAAAGAGUACGAGUGGCUUGAAGACUUCAGUUUAAAGCUGCUCUCUCAGUUCCCAAAUGCUGCUCGGAUGACCAGCACAGCGCCUCCUGGAGACAACAUCAGCAACUCUCCUGCACAAUACAUCCAGUGCUUUACAGUCAAGCCGGUGCUUGUUGUCCCACAGCAGUUUAAAGACAAGGGGGUUCCAGAGCAAAUAUUAAAUUAUUACCGAACCAAUGAAGUGGACCAAUUCCAGUACUCCAGGCCCUUCAGAAAGGGUGAAAAGGAUCCAGACAAUGAGUUUGCAACCAUGUGGAUCGAGAGAAGCACUUAUUUUACGGCCUAUCGCUUCCCUGGCAUUCUGAAAUGGUUUGAAGUCAAAUCUGUCUCAGUGGAGGAGAUCAGUCCGCUGCAGAACGCCAUCGAGACCAUGGAGAUGGCCAAUGAAAAGCUGAGUAACUUGGUGCAGCAGCAAGCCUGCGACCGCUCCUUGUCCAUCAACCCCUUGUCCAUGAUGCUCAGCGGCAUCGUCGACCCCGCCGUCAUGGGCGGCUUCUCCAACUAUGAGAAGGCAUUUUUCACUGACACCUACAUCCACGAGCACCCGGAAGACGGCGAACGUAUUGAUUCCCUUAAACACCUCAUCGCCCUGCAGAUCCCUCUCUUGGCAGAUGGUAUCCGCAUCCACGGGGAGAAGACGACAGAGCAGCUGAAGCCCUUACACAACCGUCUGGUUACUUGUUUCCAGGACCUUCGGGAGAAAGUGGAGAAGCAUUACGGCGUCAUAACCUUGCCCUGCUCUCUCACUGAGAGGAAGAAGAGUCGCGUGGGCUCUGUGGUGAUGCCCUACAUCCUGUCCUCCACACUGCGUCGCAUGUCCACGGUCUCAACCCUCUCCAACGCCUCCAGUGGCUCUGCGUCAUCCGACGGACAUUCCUACAUCUCCUCCCAAGAUUCUUUGUUGUCCCGGCCCAGCGAUCGCAGGACCUCGGUUCUGUCCCGCUCAGAGGAGGACAACAGGAUUGGCAGAAAGAACAGGAAAGAGUGGAGCGUGAGCAAGUCUCAGGUCCUGCUGGAGAGACCGUCGGAUGGAGAUGAGCCCCCUGCUGAGAAGCAGCAAAGACCCAAGAGUUUACAACUAGGAGACCGACGGCUGACGCUGUCCUUGUUCCAGGGUGUGUCCUCCCAGCUCAGCCUGUCCCACCCCCUCAGCCCGCUACCUGCGUCCCCUCACACUCCACGCAGCUCAAGUAUGGAACACAAAAGAGCACUCUGCCAGACACAAGACUGCAUGUCUUCUUGCGCCCGCAGACGUGUGGAAGCACAUUCUGCUGUUUCUCAUCACUUCUCAGUGACAACGAUGCCAACGCCAUCGACACCCCAGGGACACCUCCACCUAUGCCGCCGAAGAAGCACCCGCAUGAAAUUGACAACGCCGGCUUCCCUUCAGAGUUCACUCCUCCGCUGCCAAUGAAAGUUGAUAGCAAGCCGCCGCCGCCGCCUCCAAAAACACGGAAGUCCAUGUUCCCCUCGUAUGAGCACAGCCCCCAGUAGACCCUCAACUUUCUUCCCUGGACAACUUUAUUUGUCAGACGCCGCAGGUAACAAGAGAUGCAGGAUCAUCCCAGUCACGGAUUUACAUUUUGCUUUGCUGGGCCGAAACCUUUUUAUAUUCCUCAAGGCAAGAUUUUAUGGCGACAAUUUUCAUAGCAUCAAAAAAAGAAGCUUGACGCUGCUUAACAGCAUUCCAUAUUUGAUACUGAUGAAGCUCAAAUGUGUUCAAUGAAAAGCAGGGACUACUUUGGACAUCUUAGCUGUGGUGUCCAAUGGUGAUCUAAUCCUUUUAUAUUUCACAGACACUGGAUGGCAUUUCUGAAUGUGAUGCACAUGUUGUAUUGUUCUUUGUGUUUGAUGUAAAUACUGUAACUGCCUGCCCUCCAAAUAGCAUCAUGUUGAUGUGCAUUGGAGGGAAGCUCGUGCUCAAAGGAAUAGAUUGACAUUUGUAUCAAAAAUUCAACCACAGACAAAGUGCAACUAGAGCGGAAAUACUCAAUGUAAUAUUUCUUCACGUCUGAUCUUUGAAACUCAACUAAAUGAAAUCCUUUAUUAGGCGGUAUCAGUUACUCCAACAUUAAGUUACUGUUUUGUACAGUUUGACAUAGAAAUGGUAUUUUAUCAAUGCCUUGUCGGGUACGGGACAAAACAUUUGUGUCUUUCCAGUUAAGGACUGGUUUACUAAAGGUUUGCUCGUACUAAAUCAGGUGCAAAUUAAAUAGCACGCCCAAAGCGGAUCUACUAAACGUUUGCAAAGUGGAUUGUGUGUCUGUUUACAUUAAUAUUCAAAAUAUAUGCUGAUCAUGAAAAUACUGGGAGGGGAAAUGAUAUAUCGUGCAAUGUGAUUUAUCAACACUCAUCACUUUUGGGGGCACUAUUUUGUAUUUUCUUUCAAAAGGACGUGAGUUCCACUCAGGGCAGUGCAAGCACAGACAAUCCUGUGUCCCACCUCUACAUUUCAACAAUGUCAGCAACAUUCUUUCAUGAUUUCAUAGCUGCUAGAUGACUUAAGGGGCUGAUGAAACUCAUUCAAUUGAUGCGUUUUGGUGUCAUUUCAUAUUUUCGGAAUAACGUUUUGUUAUUUAGUGCCAAUGCAGAUGCACUGGAGGACUAAUUUUAAAAUGCCCAUCAAAUGUGGUAGAUGUCUCCUGCUUGUUUAAAAACAUGGUGGGGAGGGUCAUGAUGAGAUGAAUGUGCAGUAAUGAGUGUCUCCAUGGUGAUGCCCCGUACAGCACACACAGAAUCCUCAUUUAAAAAGGGCGCCGCCUUUCAAUUGCAGACGCAGUCUUAGUAGAAGAAACACAACACGCCCUCCAAUCCUACAUGCUGUUUUAGAGAUUACACAUGCUGUUCAGCCCGGGAUUGAACACAGGACCUUCGUGUUGUGAGGCACAUGCACUAACCCCUGAACCACCGUGCUGCGUGUUGUAUCUGGAUCUUAAUAACUCAGGCCCGCGGUGUCAUAUUCCUCAUUUUAAACGGGUGGGGCCAGAGGGCAACAUUUGGCCCAUGGAGUCAGUUGUGUCCACGGAAGAAGGCUGGUUUCACAAAUGUGAUAAUUAUUCACAUGGAGUCAGUUGUGUCCACGGAAGAAGGCUGGUUUCACAAAUGUGAUAAUUAUUCACAUGGACUCCAGGUGUCAAAUUAAGGGCCUCAUGCAGUAAGUUGAAUGAUGUUUCUUACUAGCUACUUUUUUUAUAUUCUUCUGCCUUGGAUGCUUUGUAUAUUUAAAUAUUAUGUAACUACAAUUAUUUGAUUGAGUUUGUAGCCAAGUUUUUUUCCACAAUGAUGGUUUAAUGAUGGCGACCCGGGACCCCUGACCAAUCACAACAAAGUAAGCGCAGUCAGGCAAGAGUGGAAGAAUGCAGAGUUUUUAUUCAACUUACUAAAGUGCCGUGGCGGGGUUUAAUUACAAGGUAAAAGACCCCUGAAUAGAAGUCCUUUCUUCUUUUCUUCCCUUUCAUGCAGAUGUCUUGCAAAUCCAAUCCAACUUGCUGUGAAUAUGCCAAUCUACUCUAAAAUUGCCACAUAACUGAUUAACUGUGGAUAUAAAUAUCAAACUAUUCCUUUGAGGAAACCUAAACACUGUACGCUACAAACAUUGAUGCAUUUUAUAUUUCCUGUUUUUAAUUAUUAUCAUUAUUAACUUCAUUCCCAAAAAGAUAAAUUAUUGCUGAUCCUUGAAUUUCAAUAUUUUUGUUUUGCACAUGAGCAGAUGUUUUUUAAUUAGUAUGCAGUGUUUUGCAUGUAGUGUGUGUUGCCACAACAGUGCGGUGUGACCUCGGCACGCAGCCUCGAUUAAGUUGUCAGUAUUUUUGUUGUAUUUGUAGUUUUGAAAUAGUUUUACAAGGGAUUGACAUUUUCUGCUGUGCACACGGAUCAAUAAAUGUUUGAACAAGC